GCAGGGCGGGGCCGCCACGCCCCUCCCCUCCCCUCCCCCGCCCCCGCCGCGGGGCGGCCCCGGGGCUAAAACCGCCCGCCCGCGCCCGGGACGGCACCGGAGCCGCCGCCGCCGCCCGGAGCCCGCCGCCAUGGCUGAUGAGCUCAGUGACCUGCUGCGGGAGUUCGAUGUGGUGAUGGAGGAUUUCGACAGAGGCCCCGCGUGUCAAUACGAGCAGCACCUGGAGGAGCUGAAGAGGAAAGCGGGACACAGCGUGUACGACAGUGGCAUUGAUGAGCUGGAGAGUACCAGCACGUCCCCGGGAAGCAGCCUCAACUGCAGCGAGGAGGACCUCAACACCCCUGCCGAUGGUUACCCCUCCAAAGCUAAGCUUGGCGACACGCAGGAGCUGGAGGAGUUCAUUGCAGAUCUGGAUAAAGCCUUGGAGGAGAUGUGAGAUGGGGUUUUGGAGAGGAGGACCCACAGCAGACGAGCCCCGUGCCUCCCCGACCCACCCUCUGCUUCUGUGCCCCCGCCACCUGCUGCCGGCCUGGGUGACAUCUCUCCGUGCCGCCCUGCUCCACGCCGGGAAGGGCAGCGCCCGCGGCCAGCGGGGACCGAUGUGGCCAUGGGGUGGGCAGCUGCGACGGUGGCCGGACCUCGCGCUGCUCCCGCAUGAAGGUGCCAGCACGGAGAGGGGACAAGCUCUCACUGGGGUCACCAGACUUUGCCCUGCGAGGGGGGCUGGCGGCUCCUGGGACUGAGUGGGGCUGGGGGGGGGGGGGUCUAUGUCACUGUUGAAACCAGAGGAGAAGCCCUGGGUGAUUUUAGGGAAGAUCAUCCUCGCAGUACAUCAGGGAGACCUCGGUGUCCCGUCUCGCAGGCAGCACCAACCACUGCCAGCCCUUCGCUUUGCACGUGUAGCCUCAAGUAAGACCCCCCCCACCUGCCCCCCAAGUGCCUCUGCCCCAGCUGCUGCUGCUGUAAAUACUGUAAAAAGGAUGUUAUGUGCUGUACAGGCAGGAUGUAUUUUUAUGAACAGGAUUUCAAGUCUCUGUCCGUGUC